AAGGACACGACAAUCAAAAAACACAAAUCCAUAUGAUUCCAUUUCACUAUCAGUUCUAAAUUCUGUCUCCUCUGCCUCUCUGCUAAGUCUCUGUCAUCACUACAAGUCUUGUUUGUGCCUCUAUCUUCCGUAAUCCUUACUUUAUCUGAAAAGGGUGGGAACUGAUUUCAUUUCAUGUGAAGAACAAUAGAAAAUGCAUAGCUUAUAUUAGACAUUCAUUAUGAGUCAUGUAUGAGUAUUUCACAUUUGGGUGCUCUUAACUGAGGGAAAGGAACAAUGAGAAGGAAUUGUUGUGUGCUGCUUUUUGCUUUUGUACUAGUGCUUUGUCUCUUCUCUCCAACUUCAGCCACACCACCUGCAAAGGUUGUUACUGGGGUUGUUUCCAAUGUGGUUUCUGCUCUUCUUAAAUGGCUAUGGUCACUAAGUGUGAAGUCCACAGCCAAACCCGGUAGAGUGCAACACACUCGCUCCAUGGUUAAAUUUGAGAGUGGCUACACUGUGGAGACAAUAUUCGAUGGAAGUAAGCUUGGAAUUGAGCCACACUCGGUGAAAAUAUCACCGAAUGGUGAAUUUCUGGUGCUGGAUUCUGAGAAUAGUAACAUCUACAAGAUCUCUGGUUCAAUGUCUCGAUAUAGCAGACCCAAAUUGCUUGCUGGAUCAUCUGAAGGGUACAUUGGACACAUAGAUGGGAGGCCCAGAGAAGCUAGAUUGAACCACCCUAAAGGGCUUACAGUGGAUGACAGAGGGAAUAUUUACAUAGCAGACACAUUGAAUAUGGCCAUCAGAAAGAUCAGUGAUGAAGGGGUUACCACCAUUGCAGGUGGAAAAAGGGGCCUUGUUGGAGGCCAUGUUGACGGUCCAAGUGAGGAUGCUAAGUUUUCAAAUGAUUUUGAUGUAGUUUAUGUUGGUAGUAGUUGCUCUCUUUUGGUUGUGGAUAGAGGAAACCAUGCAAUCCGAGAGAUCCAACUCCAUCAAGAUGACUGCACUACUUAUGAUGAAGAUGACAAUAGUUUCAACUUAGGAAUAGUGGUGCUCGUUGCUGCUGCAUUCUUUGGCUAUAUGUUGGCAUUGCUGCAGUGGAGAAUGAGGGCCAUGUUUUCUACUCCGGAUGAUCCAAGAGGUCCUUCAAGGAAGAAAGGCACACCAUAUGCAGCACAGCAGAUGCAAAGGCCUCCUCCCCCUCCUCCUACCAAGUCAGUGAGGCCUCCUUUGAUUCCAAAUGAAGAUGAAUUUGAGAAACAAGAUGAGGGCUUCUUUGUUUCUCUUGGAAGGCUAGUCCUGAACUCUGGCUCAUGCAUGGGUGAAAUCUUGGGGGGCUUGUUCUCAGGAUCCAAAAGGAAGCCACAACUUCAAUAUCAUCAAUAUCAGUAUGCAAACAGACAUCAUCCUAAUACAUGGCCAAUGCAAGAGAGUUUUGUCAUCCCAGAUGAAGAUGAACCACCUUCUAUAGAAACUAGAACACCAACACCAAGGGAAAACUACCCUAUCAUGACCAAAGAGUUGGAAAAACCACAGCACUUCAAGCCAACUAGGGCUUACUUGAACAGGUGGGAGGGUGGUGAAUAUGAAGAACAUCAUCAACAACUUCAUCAUCCACAACAACAGCAUCCUAAGUUGCAACACCAACAGCACCAACAGGUGAAACUCCAACAGCAACACCAAGUUCACACCCGUUAUUCUUCCACCACCCCUCAAAGUUAUUAUGAGCAGAACUGUGAGACAAAUGAGAUUGUGUUUGGUGCAGUUCAAGAGCAUGAUGGAAGACGUGAAGCCAUGGUGAUAAAGGCUGUGGAUUAUGGGGAUCCAAAGUUCAGCCACCACAAUAUCCGCCCAAGAUUGAACUAUGUUGGUUACUCUCAUCAGUCUCAUGGUUAUUGAAGAUUAGUGAUGAUUUCAUAGCAUCAAAGUGGCAAAGGGCAUGCAUGGACUAUGAUCAAAUACGAAGAGAGAGUGAGUCUUACACUCUUAGUUUAUAUUCUCUGCUGGACAGGACACGUCCCAAAUGAAAAUCAUAAAAGAGAUGAAAGAUAGGGAGAGGAAUGCUGUAAAAUAGAUGAGUACUAAUGCUGGUGUGCAAUCUUCACUAAAAUUGUAUUUUAAUUUACAAUUUGAUUAGAUGAAUUAUUAUA